AAAAAGUGUGAACGAACGGAGUGAGAGAAAUGGCUCAUCAGUAAUGAGUUAAAAACUAUUCAUUCAGCCAUUUAUGCUUUGCUGGCAUUUUUGAUUUUGUAGAACAUUUGUGGCCCCCGAAUACAUACACUGCGGAGAGCAGAAGUUAUUAGCUCAUAGCAAGUGCAAUCUGUGGCAGCAUCUCGGUACAUAACGGUUGUGUGCACUCACACUUAAAGCCCGAAACGUUUGCAGUGUGGAAAUUUCUAUUGCUUAUUUCCUAUAAUUCCACAACUGUGCCUGGAAUUUGUGUAUACGAAUAGGCGGAGGUACUUUCGGCUUGGUGGCACACAUAUGUGUCUGCAUGGCUACAGACGCACAUAUUUAUGCACACGUAUGGUACAGAUUAUUUUCAUCGUCCGAUCAGUAAGUCAGUUGUUUGGUGGUGCUCGAGGCGUUUAGAUCGUUUCGUUGAAAGAAACUAACAAUUAGAAAUCUUAAAAAAAUCAGCUCUAUAUUCCAUUGCACUUUUAUUGUGUUUCUUCUCGGCAAUUUAUUUUUAGCAGUCAUUUGUGACGAGACGCAAACUCAGCUUACGCAACAAUGAAGUUGCUACUACUGCUUUUGGCAGGCUUGCUCUGCACGGUGCAAGUAUUUGCCGAUGAUUUGGACGAAUUCAAUUUGGAUGAUUUGCUUGAGGAAGAUUUCGACGAGAGUGCAGAGGAGUUGCUACGCCAAUUUGAGCAAAAGAAUUCGAACAAGGAUUUGGAACGUGAAAAUGAGAUCGCCGCUCAAUUGAGAGCUGAGGCGCUAGAUCAACAGAACAACAUAUUGAAUCCGGUUGUCGAAAUUGAUCCAUGUGAGAAGAUGCAUUGCGGUGCCGGUCGUGUCUGUCAAGUGCAUGGCACCGAAGCCAAAUGUGUAUGCAUACCCGAAUGUCCCGAGGAGCCGGAAGCACGUCGCCACGUUUGCACAAAUCGUAAUGAAACCUGGCUCUCGGAUUGCGCUGUCUAUAGGCAGAGAUGUCUUUGUGCCACCAAUGCCCCCGGCUGCCUGAAUCCCGAAAAUAGUCACGUUCACAUCGACUACUACGGUCCCUGUCAUGAACACAAGAAUUGCUCGGAGGAGGACAUGAAAGACUUUCCGCGUCGCAUGCGCGAUUGGCUUUUUAACGUGAUGCGUGAUUUGGCCGAACGUGACGAACUCACCGAACAUUACAUGCAAAUGGAAUUGGAAGCUGAGACGAAUAUGACACGUCGUUGGGCUAACGCUGCCGUUUGGAAAUGGUGUGAUUUAGAUGGUGACACUGACCGCUCGGUGUCGCGUCACGAGCUCUUCCCCAUCCGUGCACCCUUGGUCAGCCUAGAGCAAUGUAUUGCACCAUUCUUAGAGUCAUGUGACUCCAAUAAAGAUCAUCGCAUCACUUUAAUAGAAUGGGGCGCUUGCUUGGAAUUAGAUGAGACCGAUUUGAAUGAGCGUUGUGACGACAUUCACAGAAACACCCCGCAAUUGCUUGGUUAAAUUUGGUUGGAUCCCUAAAAAUUCCAGCAACGUUUUUUGAACUUCUAUUUUACGCUGACUUAUUGUAAAGUUCACAUAAAUUACGUGCCUAUCACAUUUAGUGUAUAAAAUCUUUCAACUUUAUGCUUAAAUAUCUGCAUUAUGAGAUUUUAGCUUAAAAUAAUAAUAAAUUUUUUAAAUGUUGUUGCAAGUAUAUAUAGUAUAUAGUAAA